ACAGCAUGAACGUGCAAAUAAUUAUUUUUGUGUCCUAACAUGAAUUGGCCUGUCAAUAAACAAAGAACUAUCUUGUCAAUAAAUGUUUGACUAGGAGAAGUUGUAAGACUAAGGGAAUAGUCUUAAGUUGUGUGUUGGUUUUACUGUAGGUAUUCUGUACAACCAGCUAUGGCAAAAAGCAUACGUAGUAAAUGGAAAAGAAAAAUGAGAGCAGCAAAACGAGAGAGAUAUGCAGUAAAAGAAUUGAUACAGUUGAAGAAAGUUCUAGAAAAUGAUCAAGGAGAUGUUGACAUGGCAGCAGUGUACACAGUUACAGAUGCAAAGACCUUGGCCAAACAGCAGUCAGAAAGGAUAAGAGGUGAUUUAAAAGAACCAGAAUCCAUGAUGGAGUUAGAUAAACCUCAACGAAACUAUAACCCCUCCACACUUAAAGAUCAAUAUGGAAAUUAUCCCGUCUGGAUGAAUCACAGAAAAAUUAAAAAAAUGAAGGCAAAGCAAAGAAAAGCGUCAAGAAAAGCAAAGAAGAAAAAAAAUUAAAAUCUUUAUUUUUUUAUGUACAGAAACAUUAAUAUUGUGAUUAAUGAUGAAAUCUAUUGAAAUUAAAGAUCUUAAUACCCAGAAAAUAAGAACUUUGUUAAUUGAGGACAACUUAUCUUGUAGUAAUAUAGAAAGUUUUAAUACAACAAAAAGUGUUGAAACAAAGUCAAAACUACAAAAACCGAGUUACUUAAAAUGUAAAAUAUUUGAUCCCUACUUUGGCAAAUCACUGUAAUUCUGAUCCAAAGCAGGGAUAGCUAGCUAGGUUAAGUUUAUAUUGAUCCCUACUGAUCUUUAUAAAGUAUAAUAUUUUUUA